AUGUCUGGGAAGUCAUUUUCUGAAUCAGAAUUUAACGCUGAUUCGAAUGGUGGUAGUCUUGUCGCCAGCCGUUGCUUUGGUCCGGAGCAAUGGUUGGGUAAAAUUUGGCGAGAAGGGUGAAAUCCCAAAAAAUGUCGAGAAAGUCAUUUUCUGAAUCAGAAUUUGACGGUGAUUCGAAUGGUGGUAGUCUUGUCGGCAGCCGUUGCUUUGGUCCGGAGCUAUGGUUGGCUGAAAAAUUGGCGAGAAGGGUGAAAUCCCAAAAAAUGUCGAGAAAGUCAUUUUCUGAAUCAGAAUUUGACGGUGAUUCGAAUGGUGGUAGUCUUGUCGGCAGCCGUUGCUUUGGUCCGGAGCUAUGGUUGGCUGAAAAAUUGGCGAGAAGGGUGAAAUCCCAAAAAAUCUCUGGGAAGUAA